UCAGGCCCAGAAAGGUGUACAGAUUGGAGAAGUAGGGCGAAUGCGAUGGGGUUGAGGGCUGGGGAUUUUACUUUUUAGUGCAAAUCCUUCCUGGGGUGUGUUUGGCGGCGGAACCACGAUUUGCACAAGGAGAAGAGCCGGCACCGGCGAAGAGAAAAAAGACAAGAGAGGAGAACCAAGACUCCGCCUCAGCUAGCAGUCAAUCUCAACGGCGUCAUUGCCGGUUUUCGUUUCCAACCAGACUGGAGCAUCUGUUUGAACCAGAACUCGGCUUCGGGAAAUUCAGCUUCACUAACUGCUAUAGUGAGGCCGAGCAAGGAUGGCGGACGUUAUCAAUGUGAAAGACGCAGAGGCGUUGGCUGCGGAGUGGGGAAUCGACACAUCGCAAAUAGAUUUCGAUUCUAUAGAGCUGCCGCCGGGCGAGGAUUUCGGCAUCAUCAGUGACGAUGAAGAUGUCUAUCAAGAGGAACAGCUGGAUUCGGACACAGGUUUCGGCAACGUGAUUGUUGUGGAUAAUCUUCCGGUUGUUCCGUUGGAGAAAUUCGAGAAGCUUGAAGGGGUUGUCCGCAAGAUUUAUACUCAGAUUGGGGUUAUUAAGGAGGAUGGUCUCUGGAUGCCCGUUGAUUCUAAGACCAACAAAACCUUAGGCUACUGCUUCAUUGAAUACAACACUCCUCAGGAAGCGGAACUGGCUAAGGAAAAGACCAACGGGUAUAGGCUGGAUAAGUCUCACUUUUUCGCGGUCAAUAUGUUUGAUGAUUUCGACAGAUUUAUGAGAGUUCCAGAUGAAUGGGUAGCUCCAGAGAUCAAGCCAUAUGUCCCUGGGGAGAAUCUCCAGCAUUGGCUGACAGAUGAAAAAGCGAGGGAUCAGUUUGUUAUUCGUGCUGGCACAGAUACUGAGGUUUUCUGGAAUGAUGCCAGACACUUAAAGCCUGACCCUGUCUACAAGCGAACGUACUGGACUGAGAGUUAUGUUCAGUGGUCUCCACUUGGAACCUAUCUUGCCACAGUUCACAGGCAAGGAGCAGCUGUUUGGGGUGGUGCAACAACUUUCAAUCGACUUAUGCGUUAUGCACAUCCUCAGGUUAAACUGAUUGACUUCUCCCCGGGUGAGAAAUAUUUGGUUACCUAUAGCAGUCAUGAACCGAGCAAUCCACGUGAUGCAAAUAGGGUGGUAAUAAAUAUUUUUGAUGUAAGAACGGGCAAGGUGAUGAGAGAUUUUAAAGGGAGUGCCGACGAGUUUGCAAUUGGAGGAGCUGGUGGUGUCACUGGUGUUUCAUGGCCUGUUUUCCGCUGGGGUGGCGGGAAGGAUGACAAAUAUUUUGCUAAACUGGGCAAAAACAUGAUUUCUGUCUAUGAAACUGAGACUUUCAGCCUCAUUGACAAGAAAUCCAUGAAGAUUGAGAACGUGAUGGACUUCACAUGGUCCCCAGCUGAUCCGAUCAUUGCACUCUUUGUUCCUGAGCUUGGUGGAGGGAACCAACCUGCUAGGGUUAGUCUUGUUCAAAUUCCCGGGAAACAGGAACUGAGACAAAAGAACCUUUUCAGUGUCAGCGAUUGCAAAAUGUACUGGCAGAGCUGUGGUGAUUACCUUGCUGUGAAGGUGGACCGCUACACCAAAACAAAGAAGAGCACAUACACAGGGUUUGAGCUUUUCAGAAUCAAAGAGCGUGAUAUCCCCAUCGAGGUCUUGGAGCUUGAGAACAAGAAUGAUAAAAUUAUUGCUUUUGCAUGGGAGCCUAAGGGUCACAGAUUUGCAGUUAUUCACGGUGAUGGUCCUAGGCCUGAUGUAAGCUUCUAUUCAAUGAAGACUGCUCAACAUUCUGGCCGCGUCUCAAAACUCACUACGCUCAAGGGAAAACAGGCCAAUGCACUCUUUUGGUCACCUAGUGGCCAUUAUGUCAUCCUGGCAGGAAUGAAGGGUUUCAAUGGUCAGUUGGAGUUUUAUAACGUUGAUGAGCUUGAAACCAUGGCUACUGCUGAGCAUUUCAUGGCUACUGAUGUUGAUUGGGAUCCUACUGGAAGGUACGUUGCUACAGCUGUCACUUCAGUACAUCACGAGAUGGAAAAUGGAUUCAAUAUAUGGUCAUUCAACGGGAAACUCCUCUAUAGGACACUCAAGGAUCAUUUCUUCCAGGCAAGUCCAUAUCAAUGGCGCCCAAGGCCGCCUUCAUUCUUGAGUGCUGAAAAAGAGGAAGAAAUUGCCAAGAACUUGAAGAAGUAUAGUAAGAAGUAUGAGGCGGAAGACCAGGAUGUGUCGCUGCUGUUGAGUGAACAAGACAGGGAGAAGAGACGUUUGUUGAAGAAAGAAUGGGAAGAUUGGGUGAACAGAUGGCAGCGGCUGCACGAAGAAGAGAAAUUGGAGAGACAGAAAUUGAGGGACGGAGAGGCCAGUGAUGAAGAAGAGGAGUACGAGGCCAAGGAAGUUGAGGUCGAGGAAGUCUUGGAUGUUUCGGAGGAAGUCGUUUCGUUUGAAUAGAGACAGUAGAUGUAGUUAGCAUGUGUUUGCAUACAUGGGCCAUAUGCAGUAUACCCUCGUUUGCUGUUUCUGAUUCAGCUUAAUCUUAUGUUUUUUUCUCCUUGUGUUUGAACUUUGAAGACUACUGUUGUAAGGUUAUUCAAGAACACAUUGCUGCAAAUCUCGUAUGUACUUUUAUGAUGGCUGCUGAGAUCAUGGCUCAGUUUUGUUUAGUUUACCGUGGCGUAAGAUGUGCUGCACUUUUGCUUUCCCUUGAUAUGAUCCCUAUUUGAUAUCAUAUUGAUAUUCUGCACUGAGGGUUUAGUUCAGUGGUCUCCACUUGGAACCUACCUAGCCACAUUUCACAGGCGAGGAGCAGCUGUUUUGGGUGGCGCAGCAAUUUUCAACUGAUAAGUUAUUUUUUUAUAUUUUAUUAUUUAUAAUUAUUACUCAUAGUUUA